AUGCCCCUGGGAGAGCAGGCAGAGCCUCGACGUGCCGCAGUGGGCGUCUCUGAAGGUGUAGAUGUCCCGAGUGGGUUUGCUUGCGUCACUUGUGUCAACCGAAGAAUUAAAAUGAAGAGAUGUGCCAUCUCUGACAGCGAUAGCACAGAACGUAACGAUCUGAUCUGGCAUUUGCGGGCCCAUCUGCGAUGGCGAACGGAAGAUAAUGCAGUCCUGGAGAAAUAUCCUAAUACACCUAUGAGCCAUAAAGAGAUCCUUCAAGUCAUCCAGAAAGAAGGACUUAAAGAAAUCAGUGGGACUUCUCCUCUUGCAUGCCUGAAUGCUAUGUUACAUACAAACUCCCGAGGGGAAGAGGGCAUUUUCUAUAAGGUCCCGGGGCGCAUGGGAGUGUACACGCUGAAGAAGGAUGUUCCGGAUGGGUUGAAGGAGCUCUCCGAUGGCUCGGAGGAGAGCAGCGACGCCCAGUCCGACUCUCAGAGCUCCGAGAACAGCAGCAGCAGCAGCAGCAGCAGUGACGGGUGCAGUAACAAAGAUGGGAAGAAAAGCAGAUGGAAAAGGAAAGUGUCAUCUAGACUAUCACAGACAUCCUCUCCUCAGUCAGGCUGCCCGUCACCUUCCAUCCAGGCAGGCAAAGUCAUCUCCUCAUCCCAGAAGCACAGCAAGAAGGCACUCAAACAGGCCUUGAAGCAGCAGCAGCAGAAGCAGCAGCAGCAGCAAUGCAGAGCAGGCAUGCCCGUGUCGUCGAGCCAGCACGCCCUGCUGAAGGCCGUCAAGGCAGCCGGCGACUCCGCACCUGCCAAACCGGCUUGGGAAGGAAAGCAGUCAGAUGGACAGUCAAGCAGCCCUCAGAACUCCACCUCCAGUUCCUCUCCCUCUGUUAAGCUCGAUAACUCCUUGCCAGGGCUGGGGAAGAAACCGUUCCAGAGAUCGGACAGGCUCCAUGCAAGGCAGCUGAAGAGAACCAAGUGUGCUGAAAUCGAUGUGGAAACUCCCGACUCCAUCCUGGUGAACACAAACCUGCGGGCGCUGAUCAACAAGCACACGUUCUCCGUGCUGCCCUCGGAGUGCCAGCAGCGCCUGCUGCUGCUGCUGCCGGAGGUGGACAGGCAGGUGGGGGCGGAUGGUUUGAUGAAGCUGAGCGGCUCCGCGCUCAACAACGAGUUCUUCACCUCAGCUGCCCAAGGCUGGAAGGAGAGGCUCUCAGAAGUUCAGUUUCACGUGGAGGUCCUGACAGUACUGCAGGUUUUCAGAGGUCGUGGCGUCGAACAUGCUUCUUGCAAGAAUGUUAUACAAAUUAAAAAUACUGUUUUUAUUGAUAGUUCGGGACUGAGUCCUGAAGAGUCCAAGAGACUGACAGCAAACACCAGCCCUGCCGAGCCCGAGAGUGAAACUCCAGCAGCUGAGCAGCCAAAACGCGCAGCAGCCUCCCUGGCACCGCUCAGAGAGGAGGUUCCCGCUCCGUUAGAGCCUAAAGCACAAGCAGCCCAGGAAGCACCAGCGCCGAGAAAAGGAGGAGAGGAAAGACGAGAGGACGCGCAGCCAAAAGCAGCCAAACCCGCGGAGGCCGCGGCUUCCCCGGGCGGGUGCGGGCCGAAGGGCAGCAACCGUUCUCUGCCCGUGCAGGAGAGACUCCAGGGAGAGUCCAACCGGGAGAAACCACCAACUGCUCUUAGUCCGGCACCCGAAGAAGAGAGAAAACCCCCAGCGGUGAAGGACGGGCUCGUGAAAGAGACCCUCAGUACCUCAGUUUUGGCCCCCAGUAAACCAAAGAGCCCCGAAGCAGGUGAGGUCGUAGCCAGCGUGAAAAGUCCAGCGACGACUCCAGAACGACCGGAAAAGAAGCCCCCAGCAAACGAGGAGAUGGAAGUCAGCGUGGAAGCCCCCAAGAGGAAGUCGGAGAGUGGUGAAGCAGCUCUCGCCACUACUCCCGAGAAGAAGCCGCGCGUGAUGGAGAGCUGCCAGCACCCCCAGGCCUUUCGGGCCCAGGCCCAGUCCUUUCCUGCGGCGGGGGCCCCGGUGCCACGCGUCCCCCCCCUCAAGGUAAAGAGGGAGGAAGGCAGAGCCGGGGCGGCCUCGCGCGCGUCAGCGCAGCUGGUGGCUUGGCCAGAGAUGCUUUGGCCCUUCAGUUCCGUUAUUUCUAGGAAUUAUGUUAACGCUUGUUAUAGCCAUGGACAUACCCCGGCCCCACCUCACAACCCUCCUAGAGCACAACUACAGCAAAGUGCCCCGGCGCAAGCCCGGCCUCCCGCCAGCGGCGCGGGCGCCAGCGCCUCCCCCUCCGCGGUGUCGCCAUUAGAGAGGAUCAGCAGAAUGAAGCAGAACCCUCCCAGCACGACUGUAAAUCAGGUUUCGGUCUCCCCGUACGCUGGUGGCAGUGACAAACAAGACAAAGCACCUUCUGCUCCGGCGGGCCCGGGCCAGGCCUGCGGGGCACCCGCCGUCAGGGACAGCUCGGCCCGCGGCGCGGGGUCCAUCGCAGGCGCCAGCACCACUGUAACGAAGGUGGCGCCUGCGGCCUCGGGAGGGACCGGCUCCGAUGCUUCGAAAAGCAAAUCCCCUUCCCCUCCGACGUCGUCGCUGCCAGCCGCGAGCUCCGAGGCCCAGGCCGGAGGCGCGGCCGUGCCCGUCAGCUCCGUCCCACCCGCCGACGUGGCAGCGGCGCCGCCUGCUCUCAAAUCUCAGGCGAACUCCGGCGGGGCCUUCCCAAAGCCCAGCUCCAGCAUUCCUGCGAACAACCCUUUGGUCACCCAACUCCUUCAAGGCAAGAACGUCCCUCUGGAGCAAAUCCUGCCGAAGCCUCUCACCAAAGCGGAGAUGAAAACGGUCCCGUUAGCUCCUCAUGAAGAAAAAGGGGCGGCGGCAGCGUCCAGCACCACGAGUGUAGCAGGACCCGGCGCCAGAGCCGAGGGUGGGGAAGGGCACUCGGGUUUACCCACACAGCAGCUUGGGAAGAUCUUUUGCCCGAACAGGCCUCUGCCUCACAUUCCAAGGACCUUUCCGCUGCCCUUGGGAAAGGAGCCCGGCCUCAAGCAGCACCAGUGCCACGAGGCGCUCAGCAAAACAACACAAGAGCAGAUCCUCCAGACUCUUAUCAAGAGGGUCCAGAGGCAGAACUUGUUGCCGGUCCUUCAGCCUUCGCAGCUGAACCUCACUCACUCAGGCUUCCAGUUAGAAAACAGCUCCACCAGCCAGAGAUUGGUGCUGGGGUUUGUGGGCAGGAGGACGUCCAAGCCCGCUAUGUCUGGUCAUUAUCUGCUCAACAUCUCCACCUACGGUCGUGGCUCGGAGAGUUUGAGGAGAGGCUUCUCCCUGAACCCCGAAACCCGCUUGUGUCUGACCAGUCCUGCUGAUGCUCCAAAACCAGAGUUCGGGGAAUGUGAGGAGACGGGUGGUGACGGCAGCAGCAGUGACGAAGGAGAUGCAGACGACGAGAGCACCGGGGACGAACGCGAGCUCCUCGGCGUAAAGGAGGAGCCCCAGGCGUCACAGGCUUCCGGCCAGUGUGAAAAAGAGCAGGUACCACCCAGCAGGAAUCCUUCGGAUUACAGCAGCCUUGCUAAAAAGGGCCUCAAGACAGAAGCGGCCGCGUCUCAGCAAGCAGCAGGCAGCAAGGAGAACAUUCAGGCCUUCGACGGAACUACGCUGGCGCGGGAUUUCAUCCAGGCGGCGCAGGAGCAGGUGGCGCAGGCCAUGAGGGGGAAGGCCCAAGGCAGCCCGGAGCUCUUCAGCGCCCCCGGCCCGGCCUCAGUGCCGCCGCCGCCUGGGAACACAUCGGCGCAGCUCCUCGGGCCCAGUUACAGCGGCACCAUAAACGUCUCCACCUCCCCGGACGUGAACCAGGGCUCCCUCAUGACGGGGCUGUCUGACUGCAACCAGCUGGCCAGCAGCAUGGGCAACGUCAUGUCCUUCUCCGUGACUGUAACCGCCCUCCCCGGCAGCCCGGCCCGGAGCUCCGGCGGCCACGCUCAGACCCUCCCCGUUCAGGCCUUCGCCGAAGACGACGGCGCCGAGGACUCGCCCUCCAAAUGCUACUGCAGGUUGAAAGCCAUGAUCAUGUGCAAGGGCUGCGGGGCCUUCUGCCAUGACGACUGCAUCGGCCCCUCUAAGCUCUGCGUCUCCUGCCUCGUGGUGCGGUAACCGGGGCGGGAGGUGGGGAAGAGGAUGGCUUGAUGUUGGGGCUCAGCUUUCAGAAAUCCGUUGGGAAGAAACAGGAAAUUUACUGCCUUGCACAAGAGACACGUUACUGAAUCAGGAAUACAGAGUAGAGUUCUUCUUUCAUUAAAGAAAGAGCACCUUCUUGUACAGUGAGUCUAAAUUGAGCUCAACUACGUGAAUUGUGACAAGAGUUUGCACUUAAGGAAUUAUGUAAAUAUGUCACAUUAUUUUGUUUAAAAAUAUUUUUUCAAUCUUUUAGGAGUUAGUGUUUGACUUGUACUGCAGUUUCAUUAACCCCAGCCUGCUCUCCAGCAUGUUUUGCUGAGCUCUGCUCUAGAUGGGGGAACGAACCCCUGGCGAAACCUCAGCCUGUUGUUGCUCUUCUCUGGACAAAGAGGAGAACUGGAUAAUCGACAAACUAAACGUUUGUACCGACGGAUCACAGAGCACCGAAGCAGGAAUCCCUGAAUCGGCUCGCUCGGUUGCUCUAAAUUCUAGUUCAAAUUUUUUUCAGAUUUGGAAGGCGUUAGCAUCGUACCCGCCUCCCAAGUGAUGAAUUGCCUUUCCCCUGCGAGCAGGCUGUGUCCAGAGGGCGGCCUGGGUUGUGCAAUAUUGGCUGGUGGGUUUGGUUUGCGUGUCCCCUCUCCCGGGAGGCGGCUGCAGUAGCCUUGUUUUCAGGAGGGCAGCGUCUCCUUUUGCUACUGGUAAAUAGUGGAAAAGGCAACUGUACUGACCCUGCGAUGGAAGAGUUUAAAAAUCACUGAAGCAGCUCAGUAAGCGAUUACCGGAACCAUUUAAAGCAGAGGUGGCAAACUGUGCUGAGCUGCGUCUCGGGUCGGGGCCGU